UCGAUUCUCAAAUAGUAGAAUUGUUUACAGUUCUAGUUUACAGCUCUAUUAGUAUGACCUGAUGCGACGAAGAAAACAAGACUACGCGCUUUCAGCGCCAACUAUCGAAAAUACCGCAAGACUUUUUUGACAACCUAACCAACCAACCAUAUCUUUCAUAUGAUUUAACACUUUAAUAUCCGUCACAUAUACCUCGAGAUAUUAAAUAACAAGUUUGAAACUUUCGGGUACGAAUAAAUUGUGUGCUGACUGCAUGUACAUAUGUACAUAUGUAUGUGACUAAAUCACUACAUUUGGUGGUAAAAUGUUUACAAACACAGCAUCCGCAGAGUUAUAACUACAUAUGUACUUGGUUCCUUUUUUUUAGUCAAUACGACACUCACAGAUAUUGUAAAAACUUUCUCUGUAAAAAAGGGUAGGAAAAUAAUUAAUAUCCAUAUCAUUUGCAGCGACGUAGAAGGUCGCACUAAGCCCACCCAAGACACUUUCCAUCAUAAAAUUAAUAAAUAAGUAAAUAUAAAAUAAAAUAGGCGAGAUUUCUGUGAAGUCCAUCGGCCCUUUGGAUGGAUUAAUAAUCAUUGAAGGAUUAUGAAAGAUCCCUGAAGAUUGGACACAAGAGUAAAAUCCAAUAUUUGGAUAAUGAUGAUGAGUGUUUUGUAAAAUGUAUUUUUAUUUUUUUAAAUCGUUAUAAUAGCAAUUACCCCUCAACCUUAUCAACGCGUCUAUAAGCGUCGGCCAUGCUCCACAGCUUUACCGAAUUAGCAUUGACACAAUUUUUAGGCAAUUGCACUUGGUGUCGGCACUAGUGCUAAUGUACAUAUGGCAAUGUUUUCCGAGCCAUUUGACUUUCCAGUAAAGCGGUCAUGGCUUUGUAAAAAUUCCGCUUUGGGCACAGUAAUGAGGCACUCUAUUUAAACAAUUGCGGUCGAAAACACCUUUUCGGAAAACCACGAAGCCUUCAGACGCUGGACUUAAAAAGAUGAGCUGGCGUCUGAGUACUAUUUGCGUAUUAAUAUGCGUUCUGGUGGCGUACGUCGUGUCCUUUCGGGCACAAAAUUACAAAAAUUCGUUUCCAGACAAAUCGUUUUACAAUCCCUUAAAUGGUCAGCAGCUAGAACCGCUGACCGUAAACGGGAACAUUGUCGAGCUUUCGCAUGUGUGGCAGCAGCCUUGCUUUUGUUCUUCGUUCGCCUGCCGGUGCUGUCUGGGUCUGGCUUUUGGAUUUGGAGAAUCCUUUAAGCAGCGACUGUGCUCCUUUCUGGAGUACAGUCGGACGGAUAUGGGUCUGCGCCUAGGCAUCGAGUUGAACCAGCGGACCUUGGCGAACUUUCAGUUCUCGGCUCGCACUCCACCCGACUACUGCCUACCGUUGCUUCUACCGCCAUCGCUAGUUUGCUGCUUACGCCUCUACGAAAUCCAGACAUUUGACGAGUUCAACAUGAAGGUCUGCCUAUCUGUGGUAUUUAAGGUUCUGACUAGCCAGUUCUUGGAGUACAGAUUUAACUGCUUUCGAUUCGGCACCAAUGGAGUGCUUCUCGAACGUGUCGCGGGUCCAGAAACAGAAAAGUAAUCGGAAUGGGUUGGAGCU